UGCCAGCGCCCUCCCAGCCCAGCCGGCCACAUCUGGCGGCUGCCCUCCCUUGUUUCCGCUGCAUCCAGACUUCCUCCGGCAGCGGCUGGAGGCUGCGCAUCUGGGGCUUUAAACAUACAAAGGGACUCCGGGACCGGCAAGCACAGGCGGUGGUGGCACGGGCCGGGGAGCGGGGGCCGGACCAUGCGCGGCUGAGCGGGCAAAGCAGAGGCCGCCGAGUCUAGUGGUCCCUUGGAGCGCAGCGCUGCGCGGCGGAGCAAGCGCCAGCCAGGAGGCGACUCAGCCACACGCGCCGAGCCAGUGACCCCUGGGCGACGUGUGGGCCCGGGAGAGCAAUGACCGAUGCGCGAGUGGCCCGGGGCGCGCUUGCCGGCCCCCUACGGGCGCUUUGCGUCCUGGGCUGCCUGUUGGGCCGGGCCGCCACCCGGCCAUCUCCCAUCAUCAAGUUCCCCGGAGAUGUCGCCCCCAAAACGGACAAAGAGUUGGCUGUGCAAUACCUGAAUACCUUCUAUGGCUGCCCCAAGGAGAGGUGCAACCUGUUUGUGCUGAAGGACACACUGAAGAAGAUGCAGAAGUUCUUUGGACUACCUCAGACAGGUGCCCUUGACCAGCGAACCAUCGAGACCAUGCGGAAGCCACGCUGCGGGAACCCCGACGUGGCCAACUACAACUUCUUCCCCCGCAAGCCCAAGUGGGACAAGAACCAGAUCACGUACAGGAUCAUUGGCUACACGCCUGACCUUGACUCUGAGACGGUGGAUGAUGCCUUUGCUCGUGCCUUUCAAGUCUGGAGUGAUGUGACCCCCCUACGGUUUUCUCGUAUCCACGAUGGAGAGGCUGACAUAAUGAUUAACUUCGGCCGCUGGGAGCAUGGAGACGGAUACCCCUUUGAUGGCAAGGAUGGACUCCUGGCUCACGCCUUCGCCCCGGGCCCCGGUGUUGGAGGAGACUCCCACUUCGAUGAUGAUGAGAUGUGGACCCUGGGAGAAGGGCAAGUGGUCCGUGUGAAGUACGGGAAUGCUGAUGGGGAGUUCUGCAAGUUCCCCUUCCUCUUCAAUGGCAAGGAGUACACCAGCUGCACCGACACGGGCCGCAGUGACGGCUUCCUCUGGUGUUCCACCACCUACAACUUCGACAAGGAUGGCAAAUACGGCUUCUGCCCCCAUGAAUCCCUGCUCACCCUGGGUGGCAACGGCGAUGGACAGCCCUGCAAGUUCCCGUUCCGGUUCCAGGGCACAAGCUACAACAGCUGCACCACGGAGGGCCGCACGGAUGGCUACCGCUGGUGUGGCACCACCGAGGACUAUGACCGCGACAAGAAGUACGGCUUCUGCCCCGAGACCGUCAUGUCCACGGUUGGCGGAAACUCGGAAGGGGCCCCCUGUGUUUUCCCCUUCACCUUCCUGGGCAAAAAGCACGAGCGCUGCACCAGCGAAGGCCGCGGUGAUGGGAAGAUGUGGUGCUCCACCACGGACAGCUACGACGACGACCGCAAGUGGGGCUUCUGCCCUGACCAAGGGUACAGCCUGUUCCUGGUGGCAGCCCACGAGUUUGGCCACGCAAUGGGCCUGGAGCACUCGGAGGACCCUGGAGCCCUGAUGGCACCCAUUUACACCUACACCAAGAACUUCCGCCUGUCCCAGGACGACGUCAAGGGCAUUCAAGACCUGUAUGGGGUCUCCCCUGACAUUGACCCUGGCACUGGCACCGGCCCCACCCCCACGCUGGGACCUGUCACUCCGAAGCUCUGCGCACAGGACUUAAUCUUUGAUGGCAUCUCUCAGAUUCGUGGGGAGAUCUUCUUCUUCAAGGACCGGUUCAUUUGGCGAACAGUGACGGCCCAUGAGAAACCCACAGGGCCCCUGCUGGUGGCCACAUUCUGGCCUGAGCUCCCAGAAAAGAUCGAUGCUGUGUACGAGGCCCCACAGGAGGAGAAGGCUGUGUUCUUUGCAGGGAAUGAAUACUGGGUCUAUUCAGCCAGCACCCUGGAGCCAGGGUACCCCAAGCCACUGACCAACCUGGGGCUGCCCCCUGAUAUUGAACGAGUGGAUGCUGCCUUUAACUGGAGCAAGAAUAAGAAGACAUACAUCUUUGCUGGAGAGAAAUUCUGGAGAUACAAUGAGGUGAAGAAGAAAAUGGAUCCUGGCUUCCCCAAGCUCAUCGCAGACGCCUGGACCGCCGUCCCUGAUAACCUGGACGCCGUGCUGGACCUGCAGGGUAGUGGUUACAGCUACUUCUUCUACGGUGCCUAUUACCUGAAGUUGGAUAACCAAAGUCUGAAGAGCGUGAAGUUUGGUGGCGUCAGAUCUGACUGGCUGGGCUGCUGAGCUGUCCCCUGCUCCCACAGGCCCUGCCUCCAUCACUUCUGCACAUUGGGCCUGAGCAUCAGGGAAGGACCCAGAAGGGCCUGGCAGCCUUCAGCUCUGUGGUUAAUCAGCAUUCCUAACCCCACCUGGUAAUUUAAGAUUCCGGAGAGUGGCUCUGCCCUGUGCCCAAGGAAAGGUGCUGACUGUACCCCUCCCAGGUUCCCCUUCCCCCUUCCAUAUCCCACUAGCCCUCCAGAGCCACCCCCAAAGAGAUGCUUUGAUAUCCUCCAUGCGGCCCUGCCAUGGGCUGCCCUGGUGCUGUUAUACUUCAGGCUCCUCUCCCUCCACAACCUUCUGUGGCUUACAGCACCCUCAGAGCCAACAGAGACUGUCUCAAGAGGGCACUGGUGGCCCAACAGCCUGGCCUGAGGCAGUGGGAAAGAGGCAUGGCCAGGAGACCACCCAGACCCUCGGCUUCUUGCUGCUGGCUGCCUUAGAACCUUCCCUACAUUAGCAGUUUGCUUGGUAUGCACUUUGUUCUUUUAUUUUGAUCGUUUUUAUUUUUCCACUUUGAAAUUGCAUUUCCUGACAGAAGGACUCAGGCUGUCUGAAGCCACGGCACGAUGCGUCUCAGCCCACCCAGCAAUGGUUUCCUUGUUCACUCUAUUUAGUAUGCUCCCACCCCGUCACUUCCUCCACUGGAUGGAGGAAAACCAAGCCAUGGUUUCCCACUCAGCACUCCCCUCCUCGCCCUUCAACAAUUCCCCAUGGGAAAUGUCAACAGGUAUGAAUAAAAACACCAACUGAGUG